GGGAGUGGUGGCAGUAGUGAUGGGAAAUAAAAGAGAUCUGAGGAACUGAAUCGCAGGAGAAUGCAGUUACCAGAGUUUUAGUGAAACAGCUCGCAGAUGCAAGCCCGGAGGCAGAGGGAGGGAACAAGGCUGGGCUUAGCAACCUGCUAUUGGGAUUUAGACAAAGGCGGUUUGAGAGGCAGAGAGAAUGAGGAGGGAUCAGUUGCUAAUAUCAGCAUGGGGACUGAGCCAGCAGCUGGACUCCCGGCAUGAAACUGAAUAAAUUCACAGCGUCUCCUUCAGGGUAGAAAUUGCUGGAGUAUGUACCAAAAUAAGAACUCAGAGAAAAAAGUAAGUUUGGGAAAGGACUUACAGAUUUUCACCAUCUUUGAAAUCUCUCUCGUCUUUGAGGCAUGUCUUCUUUGAUGCGUUACCUCUUUAUACUUUCUGUCUCUUGUGUAAUAAUUUUUAUCGUGCUCUAUGUGUUCAGUUUUGGGGGAGAGCAGAGCUUCCAGAGGCUGAAUAAUUCGGACACUCUGCUGCUGACUCAAGUUUGCACAUCCUUUUUCAAAGGCAAAACCCCUUUCCUGUGGAGAAACAAACUAAUGAUAUAUGAGAAGUCUUCUUGCAAAGAAUAUCUGACCCAGAGCCACUAUAUCACUGCCCCUUUAUCCAAAGAAGAGGCUGAAUUUCCUUUGGCAUUUAUAAUGGUCAUCCAUCAUAAUUUCAAUACCUUUGCCAGGCUCUUCAGAGCUAUUUACAUGCCUCAGAAUGUCUACUGUGUUCAUGUGGAUGAAAAGGCGACAGUUGAAUUUAAAGAUGCAGUGGAGCAAUUACUGAGCUGCUUCCCAAAUGCCUUUCUGGCUUCCAAGAUGGAGCCAGUUGUGUAUGGUGGGAUUUCCAGGCUCCAGGCUGACCUGAACUGCAUCAAAGAUCUUGUGGCCUCGGAGAUCCCAUGGAAGUACGCCAUCAACACGUGUGGGCAAGAUUUCCCCCUGAAAACCAACAAGGAAAUAGUUCAGUAUCUGAAAGGAUUUAAAGGGAAAAACAUUACCCCCGGGGUGCUGCCUCCAGCUCAUGCAAUCGGCCGGACUAAAUAUGUUCACCGGGAGCACCUGGGCAAAGAGCUCUCCUACGUGGUGAGAACCGCAGCUCUGAAACCGCCUCCUCCCCGUAAUCUCACCAUUUACUUUGGCUCUGCCUAUGUUGCUCUCUCAAGAGAAUUUUCCGACUUUGUUCUCCAUGACCCGCGGGCUGUUGAUUUGCUCCAGUGGUCCAAAGACACUUUCAGUCCUGAUGAACAUUUCUGGGUGACGCUCAAUAGGAUUCCAGGUGUCCCUGGCUCCAUGCCAAAUGCAUCAUGGACUGGUAACCUCAGAGCCAUCAAGUGGAUUGACAUGGAAGAUAAACACGGAGGUUGUCAUGGAGACAUAUCAGUGAAAAAAUUGCUGCGUGGGAUAUCUGAGAGUUUCCUGCCAAUGCUCUCCUCUAGGACUUUUAUGGUGUUGGGACUUAUAUGCCACUACGUUCAUGGCAUUUGUAUCUAUGGAAAUGGAGACUUAAAGUGGUUGAUUAAUUCACCAAGCCUUUUUGCUAACAAGUUUGAGCUCACUACAUACCCCCUUACUGUGGAAUGCCUAGAACUGAGACUUCGAGAAAGAACCCUAAAUCAGAGUGAAACCGCAAUACAACCCAGCUGGUAUUUUUGAUCUACUGAAACUUAUAAUCAAAGGGAAAUGGCAAUUGGGAGGAAGAGCCUUUGUGAGAGGACUUUGCCAUGGUUAACAUUUUCAGGACUGAGGUUAUGGCUUCAGGAUCUGGCCAUACUAUUAUAUAUUACAAUAUCCACUGGACACUGUGAAAUACAUUAACACAAUGGCUGCAUGGAGCUAUCCUGGCACUUUGGCCACUCUGGCUGUUUCUAGAUGCUCACCUCUAUGUCAGUUUGUUGUUCUGCUCAAGGAUCAAUGUAAGUGUCAUCAUAUCUUUGCAUCAGAUAGUCAUUAUAUAUAAAUGUUCUAAUCAAAAGCAGGAUUGUAGGUAAUAUGACUUAGGAAAAUGGUUUCUCUGAAGAGGCAAUCUUUUAUAACAGAUCUAUAGCCACAUAUUAAUGGACACAACUCUUUGCUCAACUGCACAUAGACAUACAAGCAGCUUUCAGGGUAACUCAUUUAUCUCCUCUAAAAUUUGAGCUACUAGGGCUGAGAACCAGAUCCUGUUCCUGAGUUUUAAAACUAGCAUUUUUCAGUUUACUUGUCUGAAGUUCUGUAUAGAAUAUAAAGUCAUAACAGGAGGCAGGAUGUGUUUUAAGACAGCAGCUUCCGUAAAAGGUCCCAGGGGAACAGAACAUAUCUGAUUAUUUCAGAACAUGCCCUGAUCCCUCUUCCAUCCUUUUUCAUUGAGAACACCGAAAAGUUCUCACAGAAUGAAGAUACUCCUAGAAGAGAGGUGGUAUUGUGUGGAUCUAGCCUCAAGUCUCAUACCUCAAAAUGAAUCACUUUACUCUUCAUCACCACCCUCCACCCUCACCAAAGUUAUCUUACUUGCAAAAUGGAGACCAAAUUUUAUCCAUAUCAUUCUCUAAGUGGCUUUGCAAUGCCUGGUGCUGAAAAGAACGCCAAGAAGUUUAAGAGCUUUCAUUUGUGGGUGAGCAUCUGUGCCAUUUAUCCCUUGUCCAUUCACUCAUCCAAUUUGUUCAGCAUGCAGUCAAUAAAUAUUUCUUGAAUGUUUAUUAUGUACCAAACAUGUGCUGAGACAAAGCAGGAAAAUUAAGAUGGAAGCUUUUUCACUCUAAAAAUCUUGGUAAUAAUGUUAACAUUGGAAAGACUGCUGUAGAGAACCUUAGAUAAUGAUUGUACUUUAAUGUAUUCAUAUGCAUGAUUGUAGAUUGUGAUAUCAGUAAUUACAAAUUGAGGUUUAAAUCAGAGAUCAUUCAAAAGAAAGGAAGGAGGAGACAGAAGCUAAAAAGCCUAUUGUGUUCAAGGCAUUUUGCUAGCCCACUAUUCAAACCUCACAACCCUCUCAUGAGGUCCUCAUUAUUAUCCCCAUUUUGCAAAUGAGGUAAGUGAGGCUUAGAGGAGUUGUUGCUAAACACUAAUAACCAAGUUCCUUUCUGACAACUGAGAUUCUACUAUUGGUCUUAGUCCAUUUCCUGAGGUGAAAUAUUAGAGAAGGUAAAAUAUAGCCACAUUUACUAUACGAGAGAAGGUAGGUUUUAAGAAUGAUCUUAGUGUUAAAAUUGAGAAAAGGUCCUGUCACCUCAGAAAAAUAUGACGUCUACUUUUCUAUUCUGAUCUAUUGAGUUCCUUGAUAUUUAUUCUGAUGAAAAGCUGUUACUACAACUAAUGAUGCAUUUAAUUAACACAAUUUUUUCUUUAUUCUAUAAUUGCACCUGUUGAAAAUUAAUCAUAUUUAAAGGGAAUGACUUUGAAAUAAAGCCUUCUUUGCUCCUGCAGCUUAAAACAAUGGAACCGUAUUGGGAGGUAAAAGGCUGAGGGGAGGAAACACAGCGAGAAUUAAUGGCAGAGUCAUUUUUCAACUUCUCCAAAUGACAUCACCUGAAAAGAAGAAAUGUUUUACACUGGAUCUUUCGCACAUAGAAUGAGAAAUCUUUUGGAAUAGAUGUUUACAUGUUUGUUGUUGGUCAUCUCUCCUGUGUCUUUAGUACUUUAAUGUUGGAAGAGUAUAGUGUUGGGCUACUGGGUUUCUCCUCCCCAUGGAGAUGCUCAAAAACUACUGAAUCCAUGUUUGUUUUCAAUGAUG